UCCAAAUCGGGGAAAGGGGGGACGGGUCAAAACCAAUCUUCUCCCUCUCUUUUUCCUUUCUUCUUCCGUCUCUCUCUCUCUCUCUCUCUUCCCCUUUUUCUCUCAUCGGGAAAAUCUCUCUGGUUAAAGGGGGCGGAAAAAAAGAAGGUAAUUAAUUCGUUAAUUCGCGCCCCUCCACUCUGAUCUCCUUCCGUCCUCCUCCCUCCGCCGCCGCGCCGUUACUGGCUUUCCGCCUCCGGAUCGGAUCUCGAAGAAGUUUUCAAAAUGAUCACCAUUCCUUAUCUCACCGCCUUGACAACUUACUUCAGCUACGGCCUCCUCUUCGCAUUUGGACAAUUCCGUGACUUUUUCCGCAAGAUUUUUGACUGGUGGCAGGCCAGCAACCUUCAGGGAUAUGCUCCGAUCUGCUUAGGCUUGGAGGAUUUCUAUAUUCGCAGAUUGUAUCUUCGGAUUCAGGAUUGUUUUGGACGACCAAUAUCAAGUCCUCCCGAUGCUUGGUUUGAUGUGGUGGAACGUGUUUCAAAUGACAAUAACAAGACGCUGAAGCGGACCACAGUAAUCAAUCGGUGCCUUAACUUGGGAUCAUAUAACUACCUAGGAUUUGCGGCCGCUGAUGAAUACUGCACUCCCCGAGUUAUUGAAACUUUGAAGAAAUUUUCCCCAAGCACCUGCAGUACUCGUGUUGAUGGAGGUACAACAACACUUCAUUCUGAACUGGAGGAGGUUGUGGCAAAUUUUGUUGGAAAGCCAGCUGCAGUUGUCUUUGGUAUGGGAUAUGUGACAAAUUCCGCUAUCCUUCCCGUCCUAAUUGGAAAGGGGGGUUUGAUUAUCAGUGAUUCCUUAAACCACAAUUCUAUAGUUAAUGGUGCACGAGGUUCUGGAGCCACAAUCCGGGUUUUUCAACACAACACACCAUCCCAUUUGGAGAAGGUUCUAAGAGAGCAAAUUGCUGACGGACAACCCAGGACCCACAGACCUUGGAAAAAGAUAAUUGUGGUAGUGGAGGGGAUUUACAGCAUGGAAGGAGAGCUCUGCAAACUUCCUGAGAUUGUUGCCAUAUGCAAAAAGUACAAAGCAUAUGUUUAUUUGGAUGAGGCUCAUAGCAUUGGGGCAGUUGGCAAAACUGGAAGAGGUGUUUGUGAGCUCCUUGGAGUCGAUACAGCCGAUAUUGAUAUCAUGAUGGGGACUUUUACAAAAUCAUUCGGAUCCUGUGGUGGCUAUAUUGCCGGGUCUAUGGAACUUAUACAAUAUUUGAAGUAUACCUGUCCUGCUCACCUGUAUGCUACAUCUAUCUCUCCUCCAGCUGCCCAGCAAAUUAUUUCUUCCAUAAAGGUCAUCCUUGGGGAGGAUGGUUCUAGUAGAGGUGCUCAGAAAUUAGCAAAGAUUCGUGAAAACAGCAACUUUUUCCGUUCUGAACUACAGAAGAUGGGAUUUGAGGUUUUAGGAGAUAAUGAUUCUCCUGUAAUGCCGAUAAUGCUUUACAAUCCAGCCAAAAUACCUGCCUUUUCACGAGAAUGUCUCAAACAGCAAGUGGCUGUGGUGACUGUUGCUUUUCCAGCUACACCUUUGCUUUUGGCCAGAGCUAGGAUCUGCAUUUCUGCUGCACAUACCAGGGAAGAUCUUGUCAGAGCAUUAGAGGACAUGGUGCCUUUGGACAAGUUUUUAACUUCGGUUGUAUCUCAUUUGUUGCACUUUAAUUUGGUCUAGCAAAAUUAGACCUGCCUAUAAAAUUAGGGAAAAGGUGAUCUAAUUAGUAGUACAUUUGAUUCCCACAGGUUAUAAGCAGAGUUGGUGAUCUGGUUGGCAUUAAGUACUUCCCAGCUGAACCAAACAAGCAGCAGCUAGAUGAUGGCCGAGUCAAGCUGGAGUGAUCUGUAUUCUUUCGCCUGGGUUUCUUCAAAGGGGCUCUGGAACCGUCGCCCGUGGUCACCAGUACCACUACCAGUAGCAGUACGUUUGCUUGGCUUAAUUCCCUGGACAUAAGCUACUGAAUUUUGACUAUUUUGUACAGAGCUGUAUUAUCCGUGUGAGAAUCUGUAUUAUUGCUUAAAUGAGCAUUAAUCACAGGUUAUGUACUGGUAUAGUUAACAUCAAAGUCUGACAUUUGCACAAUGCGUUGGCGAGCUUGUAUUCCAGUCAUUAGCAAAUUCUGUUCUGAAAAGUUGGGAGAAACAUACGUGUAAUCGCCAGGUUUUUUUAGUUUCGUUGUGCUCGAUGAGUGAGAUUAGGAGCAAACAAUGGUUAGGUGCUAGCGAUUUUGUAUGUUUAUAAUGCCAGAUUAUUGCUCUAAUGCUAUUUAACUGUACCUUGAAUUCAAUGCAUGUAUAGGAUUAUCGAAAGGGAAUUGCUGAUGUUGAUGCUUUUAAAGUAAAAAGAGGAAAUGAAUGGGAAAAGGGUGA